AUGAAACAGUCAGGUCACGUGAAUAAUCGGUCGACAAUCGGUCAAUCGGUCGACCAAAGAUUGGUCGACCGAUUCGGUGACUUCCCUGGCUAUGGCGGAGUUGCCCACCAAGGUAUGGCGGAGUUGCCACACACACGCGCACCGUCUUUCAUCUUUUCAUUCAGUCCAGCCAAGUGCCACAACAUGGAAAAGCUCAACUGUUGGGUCUACGGUGAAGAUGUUGAAAAUAUUCUUCCUGUCAACAUCUCAAGUUCAGAGACUGUCUACGACCUCAAAAAAGUCAUCAAGGACGAGAACUCCUUACAGGUCCAAGCAAAGUAUCUCGAACUCUACUCCAUUUGCCUUCCUGACGAUGAGCAACUGGAAGGCAAACUUAAUCGGUGGGAUCAUUCAAAGGAAAUGAAGCUCACCACACGAUCCAAAUUAUCAACCCUUUUCCCCAAGUCUAAGGAAGGGGUGUGGUUCAUCAUCGUCCGUGCACCCAGUUCUUUUUCACGCAAAAUUGAAGUCCCAAACUUGACUCUUUGCUGCUGGGUGCGCGGUGACAGAUCCAGUGUCGUCUUUUAUGUCAAGGUCUCAAGUUCAGAGACUGUCUACGACCUCAAAACAGUCAUCAAGAAUGAGAGGUUUGUCACGUUCCGCGAUGUGGAGGCGACCAAUCUCGAACUCUACAAAGUUUCCUUUCCAUAUGAAGGAGGUGAUUCACUUGAAGGUGUGCUCAGCAAUCUCACCAGUCCCAGUCUGGAAAAUCCUCUGGAGGCGGGGCAGCAGUUGUCAGAUGUUUUUACGCAACCGCCUGCCAGAAACCAACUUCACCUUAUCAUUGACGUGCUUUCCGUUGAAUGUUGGAUUCGAGGGGCAGAUCUUGCGGGUUUCAUUAAAGUCACAAUACCAGCGGAGGCCGAUAUUGGCGAUCUCAACGCUUCGAUCAAGGCGGCAUACAGUGGUAUUAUACCCUUUCCUGGCUUCAGAGUUUACAAGGUUACAGCAAACAACGAUGACGAGCUCCACGAGAUUCUUGGUGCUACAGGAUCGGGUCAAAUGCUGCAAGGGACUGUGAUUCUGAAGGAGGUCUUCGAUGACGUCCCUUUUCUUCAGAUGCCACGUGUUGUCGUCGAGCUACUCGAUGAAAAGAUAACGGGACAUCCUCCAUCGGCAUAUCGUCACGUAGGAAAUGGCGAUCCGAUCGCGACUGCACGCAAUAAAUUCCUAAUAUCCACUCCAAAGGAGAAGCCUUCAGCCACUGGCACCCCGUCUGAAUUUCGGAGACGACAGAAUAAUUCACAACACCUUAAAUCUAUACCCUGUGGUCGUCCUCGCGAAUAUGAGGAAACUAUCCCCGUAACCCUCUUACAUCCUGUCUUUGGCCAGUUUCUUGAUGACUGUCAGACUAUUGAUGUAACAGCUGACGACAACAGUUUCGUCGAGCACCUCGCGAUAGCCAUGUCGGCCUUGUAUGAAAACGAGAAUGGACGGCUUGAAGCUGUUGACAAGGUAUUUCAAAAGUACCGCUUCCACUUCACCAUCACCAAAACGAAAACUACUGCAUAUAUUACGGAUGCAGACAUGCAAUCCCAAGGACAUCGUUAUGUGAUCGCCGAAUACAAGAACGAAACCGGGAAUGCAUCAGCCGAGCCGUAUUUCCAAGCCAUAGGAUACUACCUGGAGGGGACGAGAGAUAAGGCUGUCAAAUUCAGCAGAUCCCCUUUGCCCUGCCUCCUUCUCGCCAUUUUCG